GGCUUAUACUUGGAUAGCGUGGGCGCCUAGGCGGAGGGGCAGUUCACGAUAUAACUUUCCUGAAUGCGAAUAGCUGAAACUAGUAUACAGACCUCGUUAAUGGGAGCUUUGGGCGGUGGCAAUGGCGGCUUUUGGGCGUGGAACUGGGAACUGAAACAUCGGAAGCCAUAUAAUUGUCGAAGUAACGGAUCCAAAUCCUCUGAUGCGGUGGUCGGAGGUGGCUACCACUUCCCUUUGAAGCAAGCCGUCACGGCGGGUUCACUCGCUCUCACCGGAGACACAAUCGCCCAAGUGAGAGAGCGCUGGAGAAACAACGAACGCUCAAAACGACGCACUAUCCUCCCUUCUCAUCAUGAAAAUAACGAUGACGAGCAUCCUGUAUGGGACAUCCUUUUGAACCAUGAUUGGCUUCGUGCAUUGCGGAUGACUUCUUAUGGGUUUCUUUUUUAUGGACCUGGUUCUUAUGCAUGGUAUCAAUAUCUUGAUUAUUGUUUGCCUAAGCAGUCAGCGAAGAAUCUGAUGUUAAAGGUUUUGUUGAAUCAAAUAGUGCUUGGUCCAUCUGUUAUUGCUGUUGUCUUUGCAUGGAACAAUUUAUGGCAAGGGAAGAUUUCGCAGCUUCCAGGGAAGUACCAAAAGGAUGCUCUUCCCACGCUGCUUUAUGGAUUUAGAUUCUGGAUCCCAGUCAGUGCAUUGAAUUUUUGGGUGGUCCCACUUCAAGCUCGUGUAGCUUUCAUGUCCAUGGGGUCUAUAUUUUGGAACUUCUGCUUAUCAUCAACAAUGAGCAAGUAGAUUCAUCUGCUUUGGUAUUAGCAAUGUCUACUUUUUAACAUGAAGUGUAUUUUUAUAUCCAUUUCAUUCUACUGGCUCUGAGCUUAAUUAGUUUUGGUGAACUUUCAUAAAGAUACCAUUCAUUACACUUGCCAUCAUAUAUGAAUCUCUUUAGUUAUUUAUUUA